AUGGCUAAAGUUAGGCUCAGUAACCUCGAACGUCGGAGACUAAGAGAGGAGUGCCGGGAGCUUCUUUCGAAGCACAUUGGCAUCAAAGUACACCCGUCUCAGGUUCGUCUUAUGCCUAAAUCGUCUGAUCCGUAUAGAUGGAAAAUCAUGCCGGAAAAGGAGGAAGCUCUAUCCGGGCUUUUCUCUAAGAAUAUAAGCGAUCAUUCUAUACGCGCUUAUCGAGAACUAUGUGAAGGAGUGGACAAAACCUUUGAGGCUGUUUCGUCAACCCCACCACCUACAAACGCCCUAGAUUCUGUUGUAUCGCUUCAAGGCCCUGAAGAGAGCUUUAGCGCAAAAAUUGAGCACCUCGAAAAUGAAAGUGCUCGUUUAUUCCACGAGCUAUGUCAGUGGAGAGAUAAGGCGACAGCUGAAUCAAAAGGCAGACAACUUGCAGAAGAAGAAGCCAACCGACUGUACGACACUAAUCAGCAGCUUCAAGAUCGAAUUCGGGAUUACUCAGAUAGGGCAAAUUACCUAACAGGUCGAGUCAUGAAAUGCUUCGAGGGACUAGACAAAGUACUCCCAGUGCUCGAGGAGCUAAAAUCAGGGUUAACUUUGGGUGUUUCUUCCGGCUAG